AACGGACCGGUAGUGGAAAGCUUUGGAGCUGUUUCCGGCCACCUCAGCGGGAAGCGGAGACGCCAGCAGCUAGCUGUUGGGGAGCUGAGCGGGAGGUGUGACUGGCCACCGCGGGAGAAGGCAGGGCAGUGACUGCGGCGGCCGCGUCUCCAUAGUCCGGGAAGAUGGUGCUGCUGACAAUGAUCGCCCGCGUGGCGGACGGGCUUCCGCUGGCCGCCUCGAUGCAGGAGGACGAACAGUCAGGCCGAGACCUCCAGCAGUAUCAGAGCCAGGCUAAGCAACUCUUUCGAAAGUUGAAUGACCAGUCCCCUACCAGAUGUACCUUGGAAGCAGGAGCCAUGACUUUUCACUACAUUAUUGAGCAGGGGGUGUGUUACUUGGUCUUGUGUGAAGCUGCUUUCCCUAAGAAGUUGGCCUUUGCUUACCUGGAAGACUUGCACUCAGAAUUUGAUGAGCAGCAUGGGAAGAAGGUGCCCACUGUGUCCAGGCCCUAUUCCUUCAUCGAGUUUGAUACCUUCAUUCAGAAAACCAAGAAACUCUACAUUGAUAGUCGUGCUCGGAGAAAUCUAGGCUCCAUCAACACUGAAUUGCAAGAUGUGCAGAGGAUCAUGGUUGCCAACAUUGAAGAAGUCUUGCAGCGGGGAGAAGCACUCUCAGGUAUGAAAGCAAAGUAAGAGAACAGCUUGUCGGAGUCUAGCUGGGACUCUCAGAAUUGACUACACAGCAAAGCUUCCAGUAUGGUGGGGAUUUUCACCUUGCGUGAUUAGUUCUGUGCACUAAAACAGUGUAAAGGACUCACAGAAGCAGUUACUGUUUCUAAGAAUGUGCAAAAUUUAGUAAAUUAAAUACAGAAACAUUUGUGCAAGGUCGUAGUCAAGGAUGUGAUAGAGCCUUGAUGUCUCCUUGGGAAGCAUUAUUGGGGCUCGGUCAGGGUUAUGAAAUGCCAUUUUCAUCAAG